AUGCCGCCCUGGCUGCUCGGCGGCCUCUGGUGCGUGCUGGCGGCGCUGGGCAGCGGCGGCCCCGCGGGCGCGGAGCCGGCGGAGGAGGCGGCGGCGGAGGAGAAGCUGAUCCGGGUGCUGGUGCUGCUGCCGCAGGACGACGCGUACCUCUUCUCGCUGGGGCGGGUGCGGCCGGCCAUCGAGUACGCGGUGCGGAGCCUGCGGGAGAAGGGCUCCGGGCUGCCGCCGGGCUACGCCUUCCAGCUCACCUACGAGGACUCGGCGUGCGGCAACCGGGCGCUCUUCAGCCUGGUCGACAUGGUGGCCCUGCAGCGCCGCCGCCCCGACCUGCUGCUGGGCCCCGUGUGCGAGUACGCGGCGGCGCCCGUGGCGCGGCUGGCGGCCCACUGGGACGUGCCCAUGCUGUCGGCGGGCGCCCUGGCCGCCGGCUUCGGCGCCAAGGGCGGCGAGUACUCGCACCUCACCCGCGUGGCGCCCGCCUACGCCAAGAUGGGCGAGAUGCUCCUGGCCCUCUUCCGCCACCACCAGUGGAGCCGCGCCACGCUGCUCUACAGCGACAGCAACCCCGAGCGCAGCUGCUACUUCGCCAUGGAGGGUGUCCACGUGGUCUUCCAGGAGGAGGCCUUCCACAUGGCCGUGCACAGCUUCGACGAGAGCAGCCGCCACCUCGACCUGGACGACGUGGUGCGCGCCCUGCAGGCCGGCGAGCGGGUUAUAAUCAUGUGUGCCAGUGGUGACACAAUCAGGAACAUCAUGUUAGCUGCUCAUCGACAAGGAAUGACCAAUGGGGACUAUGCUUUCUUCAAUAUUGAACUCUUCAACAGCUCAUCAUAUGGAAAUGGCUCUUGGAAAAGAGGAGACAAACAUGACCUUGAAGCCAAGAAGGCGUACUCAUACCUCCAGACUGUCACUCUGCUAAGGACAGUGAAGCCUGAGUUUGAGAAGUUUUCCUUGGAAGUGAAAAGUUCUGUUCAGAAACAAGGGCUGCAUGAGGAUGAUUAUGUGAACAUGUUUGUGGAAGGAUUCCAUGAUGCUAUUCUUCUUUAUGCUCUAGCUUUACAGGAAGUCCUGAAGUAUGGUUUCAGUAAGAAAGAUGGGGAAAAAAUUGUUCAGCAAACGCGGAACAGAACCUAUGAAGGCAUUGCAGGGCAGGUGUCCAUUGAUGCCAAUGGAGACAGAUACGGGGAUUUCUCUGUGAUUGCAAUGACAGACCCAGAGGCAGGCACACAGGAGGUGAUCGGGGACUACUACGGAAAGCAGGGGCGUUUUGAAAUUCGAUCAAAUGUGAAAUAUCCUUGGAGUCACGGCAGGCUGAGACUAGAUGAAAGCCGUGUUUCAGAGCAUACAAACAAUACACCAUGUAAAUCAUCAGGUGGUCUAGGAGAAUCAGCGGUUACAGGAAUAGUUGUGGGCGCUUUGCUUGGAGCAGGAUUGUUAAUGGCUUUUUACUUUUUCAGAAAGAAAUACAGAAUAACUAUUGAAAGACGAACUAGACAAGAGGACUGUAACAUGGGGAAACAUCGGCAGUUACGCGAAGACUCCAUUAGAUCUCAUUUUUCUGCUGCAUAAAGAAGAAGAAAAAUAAUUCCAUCCUUCCUGCAAAAAGAAAUUAGGGAAAUGGACAUAACCAAAGACAUCAGUGUAAAAAGAAGAGGCUCUCGAAGAACUCGCUCUUUUAAGCAGUAAUUUUAUCUUAAUUUCUUUCAGAAGCUCAGGAAUGAUUUACUAAUCACAUUACGCCACAUGGCCUUUCAUCUCAUGCAAAAUGAAAAUGACACAGUUUGAUCUUGUAAGAUGUACUUAAUGUGUAAAGACAAUAUUUCUUAAGGCAUAUGCUAAGGGCAGCAGAUUUGAGCUUGGUUGAUGGGGAUGCCUCUUUCUGUUCCCUUUUAUUUUAGCUCCUACUGCUUCCUUCCUUACUGACAUCUGACUUGUGGGUAUCGAAUGUGGUUUCACAGAUACAGGUGCUGCUUUGCUGUCAAAAUGAAAAAAAAGGAGUUCAUUUGGGGUGUGAUCCUGCAGUGCUGAAUGAUUGCUGUUGGUUAUAGGGGAUGCAGGAUUGGAUAUAUGGAGUUCACUCCUGAGGGAACUGGCACUUGGACGUAAUUAACUCUAUUGAGAAAGUCAGGCAGGUGGAAACACACAGAAAUCAUCCCUUCCUUGUGCGUACAGAACCGCAGUCAAAAGCACUGAUUCUCCCUCGUACACACUGCAAGUCAGGAACAGCUCCAGUGAAGGACAUGGAGUUUCACUGGUGUAAAAUAGCAUGGGAGAAGACAAUCAAGCCUCCAGAGAGGACUGGCUAAUUCUUCAGACUUAUAUGUGCUUUAUCAUGUUCUUUUCUCUCCACUACCAUUGCCUUUCAGAGAGGCAAAUAUAUUCUAUGUAAAGUCUGCUCCUGUUCCCAGUGAAGUCAAUGGCAAAGUCCUAUUAACUUCAGUGAGUACAGGUUUAUAUCCAAAAUAUGUAAAUAUGAAAGAUACAGAAGUGUUUGUAUAGCAGAGGCAAUUCAAAAGAG